AACAAUGGAGAAAUGUCUCUUGCAACUGGUUGAAGUAACCAAGAGCAAGAAAGAGGGAGAUGAGCAGUUUCAUCAAAGAUUUUUUGGAAUGACUGAAAGGAACAACAGCCUGCUGGCUGAAAUUAAUAAGAACCAGCAAGAGGGAACCCAUCAGCUUCAUCAAGUGAAUCUUGGAAUAGAUGAAAUAAAGAAGAAACAGCAAGAGGAAACACUUCAGCGUCAGCAACAGUAUAUAGAAAUGAAAGCUGAGCAAAAAGAGAUUUUAAAUGUCCUACACCACCUACAGCGUGAAAGAAGACCACAGGUCACAAAUGAAGAGGUUCCCAGCGUCAGCACGAAACCUGUGGAAGAUUCCAGUGCUUCAGGAUAUAAUUGACAUAAGAGAUGCAACAGAGAAAAGUAGAGCUUUUUAUGAGUACUUACAGUGGUUUGAAAAUAAAAUAAUAAAGAAGAUGCGUCCCUUCUUGGAAAUAAUAUUCAAAGAUGUCAUCAUUCGGCGUUACCCAACAUUAAGACAACUUAAGGACAAACUUUUGAAAGAUAACAGCGCAGUUGCAGAAACUGGAAUAAGAGAGAUAAAAGACGGUGACAGUGUUGGUGAAGGAAGAAGCAAGGGUGGUGUGGCUCCUACCAUAGAAAAACGAACUAUUCAAUCUCAGACUGUGAAAAGCUGCCCCAGUAAAAGUUCAGGUAAUUAUGGGAAAUAUAAGGGAGAUUCUUCUUCAGCAGUAAUUAAAAAACUAUUGAGGAAACAAACACUUCCUGUUAUCUGUAACAAAACAAAAGGAGAAUUCAACAGAAAUGAGAUUACAAAAAAAGGUGUCCCUUCUAUAUAUUCUAAGGGUGUGUGGCUCUUCCCUGGUGAAUUUGAACUUUUAUCAGGAAAUGAUAAGUCAAAAAAUUGGAAGAAGAGCAUACAUAUCGAUAUGAAAAGGCUUAUGAAACAUUCAGAAAUGUCUGGUCAUGACCUAACCAAAAUUGGCAGGAUUACACUCAAUGACUUGUUUAUGCAAACAGAACAGAAACCUCCAAAUCAGAAAGUACGCAUAUCAGUCAUUAUGAAAUAUCGACAUUUAUUUAAGAAAUGAAGUUUGUGGAUGGAUGAAACUUUUGGAAUAACCUACGGCUUGAUUUAUUGUUAUUUCCCAUAAAUUACUGGAUGCAUAGUUUUAGACUUCAACAGAAAUGAACACUGUAACACAUGACAAAGUUUAUAUAAUGUUUAUAUUUAUCAAUAAUUUCCCAUAAUUUUUUAUAUAGUAGCACCACUUGGUCUGUUAGGGCUCUGGUUAUUUUUCAAGUCACUACCUUAAGAAACCAUUGAGAGGAGAAGUCUAGACUAAAAAUGUUUUAUAAUAAUCAAAAUAAUUUAAAUUAGACAGAAUAUCAGAUUAUUUUAGUGGGAACCUCACCCCAUUCCAUUCGCUCUCUUUCCUUUUUGCUGGUCUUCCCUUAAUUGUUAAUUCUUUUUCCAUGCUUCCUCUUUAAGUUGAAGAGCUCAGUUUAUCUAUCAAUUAGUGAUUUCACCUUUACUGUUCGUAGCCCGGCCACUGAGGCGUUAACUGCUGAUGCCCUUCUUAUUCGCCUUUGCAGGCUGGCUUAUGUUUUGUUUUAUAGGAGUAUAAAUUUAGAUGCCAUUUAUUUUCCCAACUGAAUGUUGUUUAACUAAUUUUAGAUUAAAGGCUUUCUUUUGAGGUUUUUUGGGGUUUGUUCCAAAACUGAUUUUGGUUUAGCGUGUUAAGUAUUUGGGUUAGGGUGGGUGCUCCUUCUCUUUCUCCUGUUAGCCUUUUGGCUUUUGGUUGGUGUUUUUAGUAUGUUAGCAAAGAUUUAGUUAAGGGAGGGCCCCAGUGGCUGCAGGUUUUCAUUCUAACCCGUUUCUUAAUUAGUGGCCUGUUUUUGCUACUAAUGAACUUCUUUUGAUUUAAUUUUAAUUGACUUGUUUUUAAAGAUAUGUUUUCCUGAUUUCUUAAUUUCUUUCCUUAAACGGCACCCAAAAAGAAAUGAAAUAUGAAGUGAGGGAGCCAACAGAAGACCAACUAAGUCAGGGGCUCAAAUUCCAACCAAUUUCACUCCAAACAGUUGCUUAAUUAGGCACCGAUUCUCAUUAUUAAUUAAAUUUGUUCUUUAAUUCCACGGUUUACUGCAGCUCUCAUUGUGCAAUAGCAGACAUUUCCUCUCUUUUCUAAGAACACUGUUAAAAUGUUUUGGGUAUCUGAGCAGAUGAGCAUCGUUCUUUAUAUUCAGAUAUUGUAUGAUGGACACAGUUUUGCUGGUCAUGUUUUGGCUCAUUUUGUAUCUCAUUAUUGUUUGGCUGCAAAUUAAGGAAAAAGAAACAAUUAAGGGGUCUGAGUCUUCAAGAGAAAGUGAAUUACAAUCAAUUCAAAAGAAGUUCUUUAGCAGCAAAAACAGGUCACUAAUUAAGAAAAGGGUUAGAAUGAAAACCUGCAGCCACUGCGGCCCUCCAGGACUGGUGUCUGAGAACCCUGAUUUAGUUUAAUCUCUUUUGCUUACAGGUUUAGUCAAUUCAUUUUCCUUUCUACUUAAUUUGUAGUCAUACUUUAAUAAUGAAGUAUUGAUUUAAUUUCUUAAUAAGCUUAAUUGUGUUAAUAGUCACUUAAGAAUUUUUUAAAUGAUUUCAUUUCUGUCUAAUUAUAGUAUAAGAUUGUCUUUUAUUUGUUUGAACUCGAGUUAAUUAGUUAUGUUGCAUCUUUGCCAGGCUGAAUCUACAAAUCAAAAAAGUAAAUUGUGAAAACCUUAAACAAAUAAACUUGGAUUAAUGCAA